AUGACAAGGACUUUCUCAAUGGUAAAAACUUUCUUUACAAAACAAAAAAAAAGCAAAAACUUUCUUUACAAAAUAAAAAAUGGCAAAAACUUUUUUUACAAAUUGAAAAAUGGCAAGAACUUUCUUUACAAAACAAAAAAUGGCAAAAACUUUCUUUACAAAUUGAAAAAUGGCAAGAACUUUCUUUACAAAACAAAAAAUGGCAAAAACUUUCUUUACAAUACAAAGAUAAGCAAGAACUUUCUUUACAAUUCAAAAAACAGCACGAACUUUCUUUACAAAACAAAAAAUAGCAAUAACUUUCUCUACCAAUCAAAAAAUUGCAAGAACUUUCUUUACAGAAUAAAAAUUUAAAUUUUUUGCAAAAAAUCAUAUUUCAAAAAAUUCCAGACUCCGAACGUUGAAAACUUGCAAAAGCGGGCGUUCGAAAAGUGUUCGCUUCACCUUGUUAUCCUUGUCCAGAAUCUAACAUGUCAAUCAUCACUUUUAAUAUGCAUUUCGAACUGGCAAACCAUUUCGAAUCAAAAAAAAUAAUCUGUAGCAAUUUUUCGAAGCCUUCAAAUUUUUUUUUCGAAUUUCAAAAAAGAAUUUGGAAAAUGCACUUUACAAAGUUUACUCGAGUUUUAUGACCGAAUAAAAAGUUUUAAGUUUGUUCUCCUAAUGGAUGUCCAGAUUAAAUGUCAUGACAUGUUAUUUGUUCAAGAUCUUCAUUUCGAACAUGUCAAAACAGUCUGGACUAAAGAUUAUGUUUUUGAAAUUUGAAAUUUUUAAAAUUUUCUAUUUUUAAGACAAAAACAUGUUUUUAACAUAACAACAAGAUAGAUAAAGUCAGGAAUCAAUAUAGCAGAAGCUUAAGCUUAGUAUUGAGCUUAAUUUAUGCUUUAGGCUUAGUCUUAAUCUUAGCCGUAAGUUUGCGCUUUGGCUUAACGUGAAUUCAAGCUUAUGUUAGGCUUAGGUUUACGUUUAGGCUCGAGCUCAAAGUAAAGCUGAGGCUGAGUCUUAGGCUUAAGCAUAAACUAUAACUUAAGCUCGGGCUUGAACUAGAGCAUAGUCUAGAGCUUAGUAAGGCUUGAUACGGCUUACAUAACUAGGAAAAGAGCAAAAGCUGAAGCUAAGGCUAAGGUUAAGGCUAAGGCUAAGGCUAAGGCUAAGGCUAAGGCUAAGGCUAAGGCUAAGGCUAAGGCUAAGGCUAAAGCUAAGGCUAAGGCUAAGGCUAAGGCUAAGGCUAAGGCUAAGGCUAAGGCUAAGGCUAAGGCUAAGGCUAAGGCUAGGACUAAGGCUAAGGCUAAGGCUAAGGCCAAGGCUAAGGCUAAGGCUAGGACUAAGGCUAAGGCUAAGGCUAAGGCUAAGGCUAAGGCUAAGGCUUGGGCUAAAAAUAAUAAAAAAGUUCAUAAAAAGCUUUAA